CUCUGCAUGUGCAUGCUGCUGGUUGGAGAUGCAGCAGAGCAGAUCCAUGUUUUCCCCCGCUCACGUGUACCGGCUGCUCGGCAGCGCCCGUCAAGCUGUCUAAAGCCAAGAGGAGAGCUUAUUAUGGGAGCUGCUCCUGCUGUCCUAUAUCAGCGACAGCCAGCAUUUCUGCAGUCAUCUCCAGCCAUGGCUCCGAGUGAACGCUGUCUCCACCACCACCGGCAGAGCACAACACCCAGAGGAAAGUGUGGCUUUUGAGCUGUUCAUAAUGAAAAGAGGAAGAACAGGUCUCAAAUCAAAGUGCCAACACUUCCUCUCCCAUGAGGAGAGGGCUAAGAGACAGAAGCGGGGGAUGUCCAGCUUCACCCUGACCUCAGCAGAGGACUGGGGUAACCUGCCCCACCACGUCGUCCUGCAAAUCUUCCAGCAUCUGUCACUGGUAGACCGGGCCAGGGCCUCGUCUGUGUGCCGCGGCUGGAAUGACGUCUUUCACACCCCUGAUCUGUGGAGGAGGUUUGAGUUUGAGCUCAAUCAGUCGGCGACAUCCUACCUACGCUCUACUCACCCUGACCUCAUUCAGCAGAUUAUCAAAAAGCACGCCCAGCACCUGCAGUACGUCAGCUUCAAGGUGGACAGCUGCACAGAAUCUGCAGAGGCGGCCUGUGACAUUCUCUCUCAGCUGGUGAACUGUACCAUUAAGACCCUGGGGCUGAUUUCCACAGCGCGGCCCAGCUUCAUGGAUGUGUCUCAGGCCCACUUUGUGUCGGCACUGACAGUCGUGUUUGUCAACUCCAAGUCCCUCUCCUCCAUCAAGAUUGAUGAUACGCCAGUGGACGACCCGUCCCUGAAGGUGCUGGUUGCCAACAACAGUGACACCCUGAAGUUGCUGAAGAUGAGCAGCUGUCCUCAUGUCUCCCCAGCAGGUAUCUUGUGUGUUGCAGACCAGUGCCAUGGACUCAGGGAGCUGGCGUUAAACUACCAUCUCCUGAGUGAUGAGCUCCUGCUCGCCCUCUCCUCUGAAAAGCACGUCCACUUGGAGCACCUGCGCAUUGACGUGGUGAGCGAAAACCCUGGGCAGACGCACUUUCACACCAUCAAAAGGAGCAGCUGGGAGGCUUUGGUCCGACACUCACCCAAGGUCAACAUCGUGAUGUACUUCUUCCUGUAUGAGGAGGAGUUUGAGCCCUUCUUCCGCGAGGAGACUCCCGUCACCCACCUGUACUUUGGCCGGGCAGUUAGCAAAGAGAUGCUGGGACGCAUAGGGCUGAACUGCCCUCGACUGGUGGAGCUGGUGGUGUGCGCCAACGGCCUUCAGCCCUUGGAUGAGGAGCUGAUCCGCAUUGCUGAACGCUGCAAAAACUUGACUGCCAUCGGGCUAGGCGAGUGUGAAGUGACCUGCAGUGGCUUUGUGGAGUUUGUGAAGAUGUGCGGGGGCAGGCUGACUCAGCUGUCAAUCAUGGAGGAGGUGUUGAUCCCAGACAGCAGCUACAACAUGGAGCAGAUCCACAGUGAGGUGUCCAAGCACCUCGGUCGUAUGUGGUUCCCUGAUAUGAUGCCCACCUGGUAGGCUGAUAUGAAGCCAGGGUGGAGUACGUGACUUUUAUGGACAGUUACUGUAUGGAUGUGCAUCCACAGUUACACAUUUUAUUGUUGAACUGAUGUCUUAGCCUGCAGUGUGAUGCUCUCAGAUGAGAGACAGUUUCUCUGUCAUCAGUGAUCUCUCAUUUCUAAAGCUUCUAAAGCACUUGUAUUUUUACCUGCAGUAAAUUUAAUUUAAGACUGAAAAUGUUUCCCUCUUCAAAACAUCUGCAGACUGAUUUCUGUCUGACUUUCUUGUGAGCAGUCAGCUUUCUUUCUAUGCAUCGAUACUGUGAUGUGAAAUCUUAGAUGCACUAGGCUCUUUCAGUCUAUGAAUUGUGGUCUGAAGUUACAGUUGCUCACUGCAACCUUUCAAUCAGUAUGUGUUAAGGAUGUGGGUCUACCAUCUGCUGGUUGCUUUUGUUACAAGCAUCACACUUUUUUCACAGAAUUUAUCUUGAACAGCAUCUGUGAUAAUAUCAUCAGUGAAUAUUGUUUAAUCAAUUCCACGUUUUUUUGUGGUGAAAUGUUGUUCUUUACUUUAUGGCUUCAUCCCUCUAAGUCUCAAAUCACUUCAUCUACUCAUCCUUAAAGGGACAGUUCACCUAAAAAUCAAAAAUACAUAUUUUUCCUCUUACCUGUAGUGCUAUAUAUCAAUCUAGAUUGUUUUGGUGUGAGUUGCUGAGUGUUGGAGAUAUCGGCCGUAGAGAUAUUUGUCUUCUCUUUAAUAAAUAGCGAGCAAGCGAGUCACAGCGCAGAAGGAAGCGGGCAUCUACUCGUGGACAAGAGGCUUGUGCUCGCUCGAUGUAAACAUUAAUGGCCUCCUCCUCUGGGCUGAGUUGUAACAAUAGCUAGCUUAGUGGUAGCAGCAGAUACAUGGUUCCUUCUUCACAGUGAUAUGCUUAGCAGGUAUAGUUCGGUAAAAAGAAAAUAGUUCCUACAUGAAACUGCUCACAACUCGGUCUGUGGAUUAUCUUGAGUAAACAGUUAACAGACAUUGCUGUUGAGCUUUUCAAAUGUAUUUGUUUGGCUCUUUAAGCACCACAAGCUGAGUGCCAUCUAGUUCCAUUAUAUUUAAGAGAAGGCAGACAUCUCUACAGCCGAUAUCCCCAACACUCUGCAGCUCACACCAAAACAAUCAAACUGAUAAAUAGCACUACAGGUAAGAGGAAAAAUGUGUUUUCUAAUUUUAGGUUGAAGUGUCUCUUUAAAUAAUUUUUUUUCUUCAUCUCCCAGGACACAGUUUGAGAAGUCUGAAGUCGGUGCAUCCAGCCGUUGAUAGAGAGAGCACCAACAAUAGUGAUACUAAAGCAGCACAGAGAGAACAAGAAUUUCAAGUCAAGUCAGUGCAACAGGCACACCUUCAUGAAAAACACAAUGGGUCUUGUAUUCCUUUCUAUUUGUGUUUGUGUCAGUAGAGACUUCAAUUUAUCAUCUUAAACCACCACAUUUUAAUUUGGUAUUUCAGCACUGGCUAAGACAGAUGAAGGUUAACACACCAGAUGUCUUCACUGCGCUCAAAAUAGAAGCCUCUAAGUGUUUCCUUUUUUAUCGUGAUUUUUUUUUUUUUUUUUUUUUUUACCACAUGGUGCAAAUUUAUUUUGUGCAAGAUGGUUCUAGUUCCAGAUCCGUGCUGUAACACACGCUCUAUUAAAGGGACAGUUCACAACAAAAUCAAAAAAUACGUAUUUUUCCCAUGUAGUGUUAUUUAUCAGGCUAGAUUGUUUUAGUGUGAGUUGCUGACUAUUGGAGAUGUCUGCCUUCUCUCAAAUAUAAUAUAACUAGAUGGCACUCAGCUUGUGGUGCUCAAAGCGCCGAAAAAGCACACUUGAAAAACUCAACAGCAAUGUCUCUUUCCAGAAAUCAUGAUCCAGUUACUCAAGAUAAUCCACAGACCUGUUUGUGAGCGGUUUCAUGUGGGAACUAUUUUGUUUCUACUGAAUAACAUCCGCCGACCAUAUCACCGCGCAGGAGGAAGUAUCUACUGCUAGCUCAUCUAGUGCCACUGAGCUAGCUAACAUUGCAUCUUACAUUUUGUCACGAGCAUGAGACUCUUGUCCGUGAGGAGAUGCACACUUCCUUCUGCGCAGUGAUACGGUUUGCAGGUGUAGAAAGAGGUAGAAAGAAAAGAAAGAGGUAGAAAGAAAAUAGUUCCUGUAUGAAACUGUUCACAACAAGGUCUGUGGAUUAUCUUCAGUAACUGGGUCGUGAUUCCUGGAAAGAAACAUUCAUGGUGAAUUUUUCCGACAGAUUUUUCUUUGGCGCUUUGAGCACCACGAGCCGAGUGCCAUCUAGUUCCAUCAUAUUAGAGAGAAGGCAGACAUCUCUACGGUUGUAACUCACACCACAGCAAUCAAAUUGAUAAAUAGCACUACAGGUAACAGUAAAAAUAUGUUAUUUUGAUUUUGGGGUGAACUGUCCCUUUAAAACCGUUUUAAAAAAUGUUCUGUUUUUGUAUAUUCGUCUGAUAUAUUUACAUGUUUGUUAUAUGUGUGCAGCAGUGAUCGAGUUCCUCAGGUCUGGAGGAGCUCUUUUUA